UCAGGGGAAUCAGAAUAUUCUGUGAGGCUCAGGGAGGCAUGGAGCUGUCUCACAAGCCUUGCCGAUUAAAAGUGAGCUGCAUGUUAAAGGCAAGCAGUGCACAAACGUAUCAGCAGGGGUGUUGUGGGCUUGUAUUGUCCAGCACCGGCUAAACAAAAAGCAAGAAGGAUAGGUUUCGCCUUGGUCUGGCGCGAACAAGACUUGUCACAUCCUUGCCCGCUCACAAAGCCAUUCAACAAGAGCUACACCAGCGCGCACGCUUUUCAUGAAUGGGGCCGGGUGGCAGGCGCUGACGUCACAAAGAGUCGCGCGCUAGCUCGCGCCCGGGUCUGAAGUGGACGGUGGAGGCCGCGUGCGCCCGGUCGCGCCCCCCCCCCCCCCCGCGUCAUAGAGCCGGCGGUGGCGGAAACUCAUGCCAUCACUGUCCCUUGUCCACUUUGACAACGGCUGUGAGGGGAGUGGCGAAGGAGAGCAAGUCCGAGCCCAAGCAGCAAACGGAGGCAGAAUGAACCGAGAACUCUGACUGGGUGCCCCCCCCCCCAUUACCUUGCUGGUGGUCAGGAGGCCGUGGGGGGGUGGGUGGCCGGCGAAGAGAAAGGGGCGUCGCGGGCUCUUCUUGAGGAGACGACGUUUACUGUAAAUGGACACUGCUAUGGAUUAUGAAAGGCCAAAUGUUGAAACUAUCAAGUGUGUUGUUGUUGGAGACAAUGCUGUGGGAAAGACACGACUCAUCUGUGCAAGAGCAUGCAAUACCACCUUAACACAGUACCAGUUGCUGUCCACUCACGUUCCUACUGUCUGGGCGAUUGACCAGUAUCGUGUUUGUCAAGAGGUGCUUGAACGUUCCCGAGAUGUUGUAGAUGAAGUAAGCAUAUCUCUCAGGCUGUGGGAUACAUUUGGUGACCACCAUAAGGACAGGCGUUUUGCAUAUGGCAGGUCUGAUGUGGUGGUCCUGUGCUUCUCAAUUGCUAACCCCAAUUCACUUAACCAUGUGAGAACAAUGUGGUUUCCUGAAAUCAAGCAUUUUUGUCCACGAACACCUGUUGUCUUAGUUGGCUGUCAGUUGGACUUGCGUUAUGCUGAUCUUGAGGCUGUAAAUCGUGCACGCCGCCCCUUAGCAAGACCAAUAAGACCCAAUGACAUUUUACCUCCUGAAAAGGGCCGAGAAGUAGCCAAAGAACUUGGAAUUCCCUAUUAUGAAACAAGUGUGUUUGAUCAGUUUGGCAUCAAGGAUGUAUUUGAUAAUGCUGUCAGAGGUGCACUGAUUUCUAGGCGACAUCUUCAGUUCUGGAAAUCUCAUUUAAAGAAGGUGCAGAAGCCUUUACUGCAGGCACCAUUCCUACCACCUAAACCACCACCUCCAGUAAUGAAAAUUCCAGAUAAUCCAGUGAGUGCUUUUAAACCCAGCCAUCUGCUCGACAAUCCACUGUGUGCUGAUGUUAUGUUUAUACUCCAGAACCAGGUGAAAAUCUAUGCUCACAAGGUAUACCUGGCUACCUCAUCAUCAAAAUUUUAUGACCUGUUUUUGUUGGAUCUAACUGCUGAAUCUCAGAUACACAGUGAGAAAAAUGAGAAACAAGUAAAACUAGGCCAAGACCAUUUGAUGAGGACUUCAAGCCUUGACACAGAUGGCGACAAUUGUGAGAUCAGUGUUGGUUCUACACCAUCCAUUCUGAGAACAUCUAAGAGUGAUAGCACUUUGAAAAUGAAUAUACACGAGGAUGAAUCUUCAGAAAUGAAGGGAACACCAUCAGGAAGAUCACUGUCUUCGUGGAGCAAAGCCUUUAACCAUAUUCAUGAAGAAGACCUGGAGAACCCUGUAAUGAAGAGGAGGGGUCUCAUGACAGUUGUUAAGAUGGACCAUUCAAUCCAGCCAGGGCCUUUCGAAGCUGUUUUACGAUUUCUCUACACAGGACAGCUGGAUGAAAAUGAGAAAGAUCUGAUGAGGAUUGCACAAAUAGCAGAACUUUUGGAAGUUUUUGAUUUACGUAUGAUGGUUGAAAAUAUUCAAAAUAAAGAAGCCUUUAUGAAUCAGGAGAUCACAAAAGCAUUUCAUGUCAGGAAAGCAAACCGAAUAAAGGAAUGCUUAGCAAAAGGAACAUUUUCUGAUGUAAUGCUUAAAUUAGAAGAUGGGAGUAUUAAUGGCCACAAGUCUUUGUUGAUUUCUAGCUGCGAAUGGAUGGCAGCUAUGUUUGGAGGGUCUUUUCUGGAGAGCUCAAAUAAAGAGGUUUACUUUCCCACCACAAGCAAGGCUUGCAUGCAAGCAGUUCUAGAGUACCUGUACACCAGCCAAUUCUCGUUCAGUUCAAAGCUUGACCCGAUUGAGCUGAUUGUCUUGGCAAACAGACUGUGCCUUCCACGUUUUGUGGCUCUGACAGAACAAUAUGCUGUGCAGGAGUUGUUGAAAUCUGUAAAAGAAGGUGAUGAUAUUGAUGGGGAAGUGUUGACGUACUUGGAACUAGCACAAAAAACCAAGAAUAUUUUGAAAAGCACCGUUGGCCACCUGUGUGGUACCUUAAAGAAGAGGACCAUUACCAGCGAGUGAAAAAGGAGCGCGAGAAGGAUGAGGUUGCUUUCCACAAGCAUCACUCAAAACGCAGGUGGUGCUUCUGGCACCAUUCUGCAGUUGCCUAAAAUCUCCAGGAGAAAGCAACUCUAGCAAUUAACCAGGCAUCCUGUGCAUUAAUAGGUAGAUUAAAAACCCACAAGUGUGUUCUUAACUCUUUUUUACUGUAAAAACAAACGGCUGGCUGUCUUGGGAUAAUCUGCCAUGUGUAUUUAAACAAUCAUUGUUGCAUUUAAAGCACAACCCUUUGUCCAAAAAAACACACGUGCUUGCUGUUACAGACUGGUCCCAUGUGGUGCCUAUAGAUUGGUUUAAAAUACUUUUAAUAUAGAUUACCUGUCAACAGUGACACUUCAUUUGUUGGCCAAAAGAAUUGCCACUGUUGCAUUUUAAUUCAAAAUAAAAUAUUUAAUUAUUUUUGUACUGGUGUUGGCUAUGUAUCUUUGUUGUAACCAAAAUAGAAUCAAAGAUGUCAUUUAGUUCUUAGUAAAUCUAUUUAACUAGAAGGGCUUAGUAACUAAUCCAUGAAAGGAAGUGACUUACUUCUGAAUCGACCUAAAUACACACAAGUAACUCAACAGCUCUCUUUGUAUGUACCUUUCCAUGCUGAUUUAUCUCACUGUAGUUAUUAUCACUGCACAGUUACUAUAUACCCCAAAUGUUAGCUUACAAAAUGAAAUCCAAAGCUAUGCAUUAUUUAACAGUAAAGUUUUAAUGUGUUCGAGAUUUGAGUGAGUCGGAUUAUUUUAGGCAGUGGAAAGAUAAUGUACUAAAACAAGAGCAAAAUAUUGUGGAUGCUGGAAAUCUAAAAUUUUUUUUUAAAUUUGGAAAUAUUCAGAUCAUGCAGCAUCUGUGGGGCGGAAAGCAAUCUUCAUACUUUAGGACAGUAACCUUUCAAACCAACUGUUCUGACGAAAGGUCACCUGUUUCUGUCCACUAUCUACUGAAUAUUUCCAGCAUUUUCUGUUUAUAUUUAAUGUACUAAAAUUGUUUUCAAUCUUAUUUUUGCCAAAAAUGUUUUCUGUAGUAAUUAUAUUUCAAUACCUAAUGUAACAUCAACUUACUGUGACCCUCAGCUCCAGGCACCAAGUGGCUGGUUCACUUGGUUUGCAGCUUACUUUGCCUUCCAACUUUAUGCUCAUUACUUUUAACUUUUGCGACAAUAAAAUUAAAUGCGUGUGACUGCAUUGUGGUGGUAAUGUGAAACGGUACACCUUUUUUCAAAAGAUUAAUUUUUUCUUUUGCAUUUGUUAUAAUUUCCUUACUAAUAUACAUAUUCCACAAAAGUAAUGUUUGUGCUGUUGGUUAUCACAGUUGUAUGAAGGAAAUUUUCACUUGGCUACAUCUGUAAAGUGGCUUUUAAAAUAAAAUACUGUAAUUGGUUAGCA